GAUUCAGCCAGCCUACGAUGAAGCAUUCGUUCGGUGCGAACUCAAGUAGCAGCACGUAUCCUUCGUUCGUUCCGUUUGUCGCACGAACACCACACGAUUCUACUCGUUUGAAUCAAUGUUCGCGCGAUUUGCAAGCGUGUGUAGUUAGUUUUCGUCGUGGGAAUUCACUAAUAAGAAUUAAAUACUUUGAAUCAUAUUGAACAAAGAAAGAAAAAAAAAUACUCGGAUGUAAUCUCAUUAAACGGCAACUUUUUGGUCGAGAAUUAUAACAAGUUUGCACCAGUUUUGUCAGCAGCAUCAAGCACCAGUGGUCGAGAACAAGAGAAUAAUUCGUGUAAAAAAAAGGGAGAAAAAAAACCUCGUAACCACCAGCAUUUUCAUAAAACAUUACAUUCGUUUGCAGAAGGCGAAAACUUCCGGGGAAAUUCUUCGCAAACUUAGAACGUGCAGGCGAACGAGAGAUCGGAGGUUAUUUCGAGUUUCGUCCGAAAUCGGAAACCAAAAACACAUUAACCACAAACCAUUUCCAACAUUCAUCGAAAUCAUAAUACCGUUCCGGCAGUAGAACAAGAGUGUGUUUAAUUUGUGUGCGUGUUUUUGAGACUAUAAGAAACAGUGUGGCUUUCGAAUUUUGUAAAGUGUUUGAAAGCGAUUUGUGGUCGAAAUUUUCCGUUUGAGUGCCAGCACAUGAAUAACAACAAGAGCAAGACAAGUGCAAAUAUAUUACUCUUUCAACUAUCAACAGAACAUUAGAGGGAAAGUGUAUGUGUGAAUGUGUUUUGCUUCUCUCUCUCUCUCUUUCUCUCGUCCAGCAGCUGAUGAUAGAUUACACUCGGUGAACGACGUUUGAAGUUGAAUGAUACAAAGCAUCUCUUGGAAAAAAGACACGAGCACACUUAAAAGAGAAUAAAAAAACGCACACAAGCAAAGCGAAAGUGAAGAGAGAAAAGCGUAAAAGUAACACAUACAAGAAUCACUUUGUGCAAAAAUGAGUGGCGAAAAUGAUACAGUGAUUGAGUUGAAUGUCGGUGGUGUGCAUUACACGACAACACGCAAAACGUUAACAAGUGAUAAAAAUUCUCGGCUCAGCGAAUGGUUUGAUGCGAGCAAUUCAUCAUCGUCGCUGGUAAAGGAUGCCAAAGGUCGAUAUUUUUUAGAUCGUGACGGUGUUUUAUUCCGUUUUAUUCUCGAUUAUUUGCGUGACGAUGGCAUUCACUUGCCCGACGGUUUUCGAGAGAAGCAACGUUUGCUCAAAGAAGCGGAAUACUUGAAAUUAAAUGGGUUGCUGAAGUGCGUACAGGCGCUGAGUGACAGUCAUCCAGCCGGCUGUAUUACUGUCGGCUAUAGGGGCAGUUUUCAAUUCGGCAAAGAUGGGUUGGCAGACGUUAAAUUUCGUAAAUUAUCACGCAUUUUGGUGUGCGGCCGGGUGGCAUUAUGUCGUGAAGUAUUUGCUGAUACGCUCAACGAAUCACGAGACCCAGACCAUGGUGGCAUCGAUAGGUACUCAGCCCGUUUCUUUUUGAAACAUUCAUUUUUAGAGCAAGCAUUCGACAUGUUAAGCGAAAAAGGAUUUAGACUCGCAGGUAGCUGUGGAUCGGGCACAGCGGGCUCAGCUGCCGAACUUAAACCGGGCGUCGAUGUAGAAGAAAACCGAUGGAAUCACUACAAUGAAUUUGUUUUCAUUCGAGACUAAAAUCUGUAGCCGUAAAACCAAAACAAAAUGAAUCCAAGUUAAACCAAACAAUUUAUUAGUAUAGCUUAUGUCAUGUUUAAAAUGGUUUAGCAAAUACUAAAAUCUCUACAUAUUGAAAUUCUAUCUUUUUAAUGAUUCCACACAUACGAGAAACAUAAAAACAAAACAACAACAUCACAGCCAUGGAUAAUGGAUAUAUUUUUUUUAAUUUCCAUUAAAUGACACAAACCAUUUAACUACUAGCGAUUGAAAAAAAAAGCUCAAAUCACACAAUCGGUAUGCAGAAACCAAACUCAUUAACCGGAAUAAAUACCAUUUCGAAAUGGAAACUUGUCAAAAGAGCUCCAAAUGAAAUGUAAUUAGUUGGAACGUGACAUAAAAGAGUCCUCAAUUAAACAAAUAUUAAUUGCGAUGACGACAAUAGUUUUACGGUGCAAUUAUUUGUUCCGUCGCUCGUUUAUAAGCGCUCGCUCACUUCAGCCCGCACACACACUCCAGCAUUCAUUUCGAUCUAUUUUUUUUUAUAAAAUCAAUUUGCGCAAAUUAUUUGCUUAUUUAAUUGUCAAUUUAUUGCUCGUCACUGCAUCUAUGUGGGCCGCAUCGAUUUGAAGCUACACACAUAAAUGAACCGCAUCAAUGGAAUGUCGACAGCAUAGACGUGGUGCGAACGCACGCGAUGAAAUGGAAUUUUUCUAGGGGCAAAUAACAGACGAGAAAGAAAAAACUUCGUACUUUUAUUGCCAUACAUUUACAUUUUGCCUGUUGCUGCGUUUACUCCUUUUUCCCUCCCUCUCUCUCGCUCGUCCCUUUGCGGAGCAGACAUUUUUGUUUGGUCAUAAAAAUCUCCUUUGUUACUUCUAACGCUGCUUUUUUUUCUACUUCGUUUCCACCCGUAUUGUAUUCGUUAUGAAUAGCUGUUGGAGUUUCAACUCUGAAAGCAUCUUUAUGAUUUUCAAGUACGGAUUUUAUUUUGUGCUCUUCCUUUUUUUUCUCUACCCUUUGCACAUUUCGUUUUUAAUCAUCAUUCUUUUCGCAUUUUUCCCAAUUUCACCUCAUUUGGUGCGACUUUUGCCAAGCGACCGCAAGAGCAAAUUGUGGAGAGAAAAGAAAACACGAAUGCCAGAGAGAUACCGAGCGAAAGAUGGAGAGAAAGAAAGAGUGGGCAAUAGCAACAACGGCAAAGUGUCUCGACUCACAGUAAUUGAAACUCAAAUAAAAAGGGCAAUUUUGUGUAUGUGUUGGUGUGAAUAGAGAGAGCGAGUGAGCGACAGUGAGAUCGACAUAACACAUUCUAAAUCCAGAGUUCAAAAGUCGUAUAACUUAUUCCAUUUGUGUGAGCAUCCAUUCAUUCUAUCGCUCACUUACCACUAGAUAUCCACUAUUUUCAUUCCAUUGAUUGAAUCAAUUUUUUUUUCUUCCCUUUCUCUUUCUAUGGCUGGCUAACUGGAGCUAAAAAUAAAAUUGAAAUUCGGCCAAUAUCGUAGCCACACUUUCAUACAUGAAUAUUUCACUACCAUCAUUCAUAGUCAAUGCCAAUUUGGUUCGACGAAUUACAAAUGACUUGUUAAUGGAAUUGUGAAUUCAAUCGACCAUUUCGAAAAUAAACUUUGGUUCGAUAUUAAAUCAUAAACUUUUAUCUCGGAUGGUAAACACUUAAUCGUUUUUUUUUUCAGUCGGCUCGUCGGUAGCCAUCGGGAAUGCAUUUUUGUUCAUGUGAUUCGUUGAAUUGCAGAUGCAAUCGACAUGAUUUAUUCACGUCUCUUUUUUGCUCGCUUCCGAGUAAACCAAAAAUUGAAAUGUUUGUUUGUGUGUGUGCUCUGUGCUGUAUGAUGAACUAUUUUUGAUGUGCACUAAUUGCAUGCAGUUAGUUAUUCUUUGCUAGGCGUUAUUCAAGUUGAUAAAACAUAAUAUAGAAAUGACAACAACAGCAAAAGCGGGAAAAAAAACUUAAAUAAAUUUAGCUUUGUGAAAAGCAGAGCAACGAGAAAGAGUAAAUGCUGUCAUAUAAACUUUGACUAUAAAUUCUAUUGCUGAAUUUAAAAUACAAACAUAAACUUUGCGAUCCGCUCCUCUUGAACACAAAUUGUCUUGAGGGAAAACCGGAAUUUUCAUGGCACACACUCGAUUCGGGCUGAAGAAAACAGUGCAAUUUUUGUUGUGAGCAAAAUUCAUAAGCGCGCUAUGACACAUGCCAAAUAUAUAUCAUACACACACAUGUGCACUCAUUCACACAUAUUAAUGAACCAACUUAAGUUUUCUUUGACACUUUUAUCGUGCAAAUCGAAAAUUUAUUUAGUCAGAAAACUCAAUCAAACUUUUCGUUCCAUGGCAUUGCAUCAUUUUAUUUUUCGGUAGGGUGAAGAGAAAAAAUUAAACGAGGAUACACUAAGAGAAAGUGAAAAGUAUCACUGGAAACCAUGCAGAAACUAUCGAUAACAAGAUUUUAAAAUCGUUUUUUUUUUUGUGUGUAGAAAAUCAACAACAGUCGUUGUCACCUCAAAAGCAACUUUAAACUCGUUCAAUUCGAUUAUCGCACAUGAGCUAAAUUUGCCUAAUUUUCACCACAAACCAUUCAUGCGGAGAUAAUUGGUGCUACUGCUGCCGUUGUCAUCGGUUGAAAACGGAUUUCCGAAAAGUUAAGCAGCGUACGAUGAAACGUGACCUUUUCACAUUGGCAAAUUGUGUUAAAUGAGUUGGAAAUUGUUUUUGGUAUGAUGAUAAAUAUAUGUGAUAAUUUAGUAAAAAUUAAAGAAAAAAAUAAAAGAAAAAACAACAAGGGAGAUACAAUUUGUGCACUCAAAUGGUGUGAAAUUUUUGAGUUCUAAAAAAAGCAACCGCCAACAUCUUCGGGCAUCUACUAAAAAUAUAUUAUGAACAAAAAUAUAUAUAUAGACAUUGUCUAUUAGACAGAUAACAUCAGCAUGAAAUGCUAAAGGAAUGAAUUAUUUCAAGUAAUUAUUAUUAACAUUAUUAUUAUUGUACAUGAUGAAUCUACAUAUAUUUAUAAGACACAUCUAUCAAAAAGUACAUUUUGAGAAAGCUGAAAUAAAGAGAAACACAACAACAACAAAAA